AUGUUGUUCCCGAGCCUAGCUCACUGGGUCGCAGCUGUACCAGAGUAUAUAUACGGUCCCUGCCAAGGUGAGAGAAGGCUCAAGAAGAGCGCUGAGGUCCGUCUUAAGGCUGAGGUCCGUCUUAAGGCUGAGGUCCGUCUUAAGGCUGAGGUCCGUCUUAAGUUGCCUGCUGCUUCUCCCCCCUGUUUCAUCCCCUCCUUUGCGCCCACCAUUGCUGCUACAGGUCAGCAGCGGCGGCGCAUCUAUCUACUUCAUCUGCUCAAGGUCAGCAGAGGCGCAUCUUCUCCAACAAAGCCCAACUGCACCGAUCCCUUGGAGUGUAGUGGACCUCUCCUGCGUACCCCUCCUCCUGCUGCUUCCCCACACUGUCUCCCGCCUCUUCCUCUGUAUUCCCACCAUCCCUCUCCAGGUCAGCAGCGGCGCAUCUUCUCCAACAAGGCCCGCAACUGCACCGACCCCUUGGAGUGCAGCGAACCCCACCUGCUGCUUCCCCACACUGUCUCCCACCUCUGCCCCCACUACCACCACCCCUCUCCAGGUCAGCAGCGGCGCAAAUUCUUCAACAAGGCCCGCAACUGCACCAACCCGACCCGUGCAAUUGAAAACAUGUUUCACCUCUCCUCUGCACCCACCAUUGCUGCUGCAGGUCAGCAGAGGCGCAUAUUCUUCAACAAGGCCCGCAACUGCACCGACCCCUUCCCGCUGAACCUCUCUCCUCGACCUGAGCCUUGCGACAUCUGUGCACACCCGUGUGUGUGCGCUGUGCCUGUGCCUCUCUCCUCCCGUACAGACUGCACACCAGAGGACUACGAGCGCAAGUAUGUCAAGGCAGGCAAUCACAUGGCAUUUUUCUAG